AUGCGCACUUUCUUUGCUACCGCUCUCGCCUCUGCUGCUAUCAUCGGUGUUUCUGCCUCUCCAGGCCUCUCGUUAUCCCUUGUGACUCCUGAAUCCGUCUCGGAUAUCGAGGACUUUUCUGUGACUGCCAUAGUUAAAAACACUGGUAACGAGACCCUUAAGUUGCUCAAGGAUCCUCGCGGUGUGCUUUCCUCUGCGAGAACCCACACAUUCAGUGUCGCAAACGAAAAGGGAUCCCCUCAGUUUACUGGGAUGUUCGUCAAAUAUUCCCCUGAUGCCAUUGUAAAAAACAAUGCGGCUAGUUUUACUAUUCUGGAGCCUGGCCAAAGCUUUGAAAUCACCCACAGCCUUGCAGGCGUCUACAACUUUACUAACACUGGUGCCGGGAACUUCAAGCUUGAUACAGUGUCCAAUGUCUUCGAGUACGUCGACGCUUCGGGCAACCUUGCUACGAUCGAGGCCGCGACCCAGUCGAAAAAGGUCGGAGUCAGUGGCAAACUUGUAUCCACUCGCGGCCUUCCUAAAGUUGAAGCUCGCUCUCUUGGAAAGCGUGCAUACGUUGGUUGCAAUUCAAACCAACAGUCCCUAAUUGCUACCGCUGCGAAAUCCGCCAAUGAAUACGUGAAGGAGGCUAGCUCUUAUCUCAGCGGUGUUAACUCUGGGACUAAUCGAUACACUACUUGGUUCGGUGCUUACACCACUGAGCGUGCUUCGACAGUCAGUUCUCACUUCUCAUCUAUCGGCACCGACGCUACCAGUGUCACAUUUGACUGCUCUACCUGUACUGUCGAUGCUUUUGCAUACGUAUAUGCCGAUGAUUCUACCCGGGUUUAUCUGUGCAGGUCUUUCUGGGAAGCUCCAAACACUGGAACCGACUCGCGAGCUGGAGCUAUUGUCCAUGAGCUUUCACACUUUACUGUCAACGGUGGCACGGAGGACUAUGCAUACGGACACAACCUUGCCAAGAACCUCGCAAAAUCAAACCCUGCGCAGGCUGUUAUGAAUGCUGAUAGUCACGAAUACUUUGCCGAAAAUACCCCUGCUCUUUCUUGA